AUGUGGAAGGACAACAGCAACGGUAAGGAAUCUUUUAAGGUCUACUCUUAGAAGGAAGCAAGAGGGCUUGAAUUUCAGAGCAUGUGGAAAAAUUGGUGUUUUACUUUAUUUACUCACAAAAUGUGCUAAAAUGUGCUAAAAUGAGAGAUAUUUAGGGUAGCAGGAGAUAUAGUGGAUAAUAAGACAUGAUCCGUUUCAAGAAAGCCUCUGCAUGAAGCAGCGCUUUAUUCUCAGCUGGAUAUCUUUGCUGUCUAAUUAUUGCUUCUUUCAUGAGCUGAAUUUUUUACGGUGGGUGUUGGUUAAAACGCUGCAGAUCCAGAACUAUGCAAACUUAGAGAGCAAGGAAGUUUAUUGCAUGUUCAUACUGAACAUUUUGUAUAUUAUGCAUUGAAAUUACCAACAUUUCUUCAACUAGAAUUUUGGAGGAAAAUUAUUUUAGUAAAUAGAACAAGUAAAUUGUGCAGAACUUGUGGAUGCUUUCUGAUGUAUAACCAGCUCCCUCCUCUGUCCCACAGAUGAUGCACGAGCCUCCAGCAAUGGCUCCUCUCGCAGCACCAGCCGCAGGAAAAGAACCAGCUUCUCCAAAGAGCAUGUGGAGCUGCUACGCGCUACCUUUGAGACUGACCCGUACCCGGGCAUCAGCCUCAGGGAGAACUUGUCUCAGACCACCGGCCUGCCAGAGUCACGCAUACAGGUACAGAGUCAUCACAUUUAGCAAAAUCUCUUACAAGUAAAAAAAAAAAAAAAAGAUUGGAUAAAGUAAACAGAUUUGAGUGUUAUGAGCACGUGUAACACACUCAAUACUUUUUUGCAUGUAUGCAUAUAUUACAAACACUCAGAGAGAUGUGUUUGUGUUGCUAGUCUUUCACUCUGCAGUUUCUCACUCUGCAGUUUCUUAUCAUAGACAGGCUCUGUGUUCAAAUGCAUCCUGCAUAGAGUUACAGAUACACAAUCACAGUAUCACUUUAUUUCUUAUCUGUAAAGAUGACACAAGCUGUUUUUAUCAGCUGACGGAUAGACAGUGCAAAAGGCUCUGAGAGCCAAAUCCCCCGCUGCCUGUUUGUACACAGAUUGAUUAAAAGAAAAACGAGUGUUGCUUUUUAUUUCCCAGUUUUAAUCUGAGCUUCCUUCUCCUCUCUUUCCUGUCAAGGUGUGGUUUCAGAACAGGAGAGCUCGCACACUGAAGUGUAAAGGAGCAAAGAAAGCUCUGUGGCAGUCGGACAGCCCCGUCCACGAUCCCUUGCCUUCUUCUCAGACCCACAGGGGCCUGCCUCAGGGUCCCCCACCUGCCUACCCCGCCCAGGUGAAAGAGGAAAUUGAGGAACCCUGCUACUAUGACCAGUGUCCCCCGGCCUACUCCAACAUUGAGGAGCACGGACAUUACAACACAAUGUAUGGACUGCAGCAGAGCCAACAGCUGGGGAGCAGCUCCAGCCCUCCUCUGAGGGGUCUUUGGUCACAUCCAGGCAGCCACACACCCCCUGUGCCCCCUCAGUGGUGCCACUCUCCUCUGGAGAUGAGAAACUAUGGCUCAAACUUCAUGUAUCCAGGAUCAGCAGAGCAGCAGAUGUACAUGCCAAGCUCAGGCUCCCACUCCACUCCUGACACACCAGACUCUGGGUACUGGGACAACAGUCUGGAGAACAGCCCCCCACUGGAGGGUCAGUACACACAGCUGGAGGAUUCAUGGAAUGGGGCUCCUCCGGAAGGCUGCAGGGAUUCAGGGUACCUGCCAAUGGCCCAGCAUGCCCCGCUGCCAGAGCUGUCCCUGCAGGAGAUCCUGGGGGAGCUGAAUGAGGACUGGUUGGGAGGGGACCACACUGUUGUGGAGAAAAUGUCUCUCUGCUGA